AUGCUGAUGACAAGGGCGUCGUUGUGUGGUAGAUCAAGGUCGUCUUCCACCACUGGGAGGCUAGUUGAGACUUGGGAGAUAAUAGUGGCCUGUUUAAUCUUCCUUUUCUUCUUUGUACUAGUCAGCCCGGAUUCCUUGAAGUCGGCUAGGAUCAUGUUAAUCCUUGUAGCCUUCUGGGGAUGUUCCUUGGCGGCGUCGUGGUCCUCGAUUUGCUGGAUGGCCUUCUUUGCUAUGAACUCUGUGCAAUGGCCUUCUCUCAUGAGUUCGUUGAGAUGGCUCUCGAGGUCGGAAUCCCCUUUGAAGUGUGUGAUAGAAGGCAUUGAGAAUCACUUUGUAGGAGCAGCCCGCUCUAUUUCAGAGGUGAAAGGCGUGGAGUUUGCUUGGUCUACCUCCCAGGGUAGAGCAUUCGAAAUUUCCACCAAUCUUUAA